AUGGAAGUGCCGUACCAUUCAGCUAGUAGUGUAGUUACAUUGGAGUCACUGCGCUUUAGAUGGUUUACUCUUAUUACUAUCCGCCCUGGAGAGGAAAGCGCGAGAGGGAUCGGGCGCUCGCUGGUCGACACGUGCCGGGGAGAGCACGCCCGACGCUGGCUGUGGAUUGGUCGCGCGGGCAUUGCGCCGCGCGUCGCCCGCUGCGUGUGGGCCUGCUGGUGCCGUACCGCCUUCGCUGCGCCGUCCCCGCUCCGGCUUCUUCUCGCUCUCUGCGUGUGGGGCUCAUUCCUCCCGCACCGCCUCUGCGGGACAGUGCCUCUUCUCUGUCCGCCUCCUUUUUCGCUUACCUUCUCGCCGCAGUGGGGGUGCAGCGGCGGUGGAAGAGCCCAUCGGGGGUGCGGCGGCGCCGGACCGCCCAAUCACGUCGUCCUCGCCGAGCGCUACCGGGGGCCUGCGGCUCCUCUGCUGCAUUCGCCUCCUUCCUCUUCGGGACACUGGUUCCUUGGUGCGGUGUGGGGUUUGGGGAAGCUUUGGGGAGGGCCGGAUCUCGCCGCGGUGGGGGUGCAGCGGCGACGAAGGAGUACGUCAGGGGUGCACCGGCGCCGGACUUCCCCAUGCACGCCGUCCUCACCACGCGCUACCGGGGGCACGCGGCUCCUCUGCUGCAUCUGCCUCCUUCCUCUUCGGGACCCUGAGCGGGUUCGUCGUGCUGCUCCCGCUGGUUCAGUCGUCGUUGCCUCACUGCUCCUCCUACCUGGAUUUGGUGGCCUGCUUGCGGGAUGCCUUGCCCGUGCCGAACUCCUGCUGCAGGUUAUAAGGUACGAUAGAAGAACCGCGUGAAUGACGUGAUAUCGGAGACGAGCCGGAAGACGAUGAAUGGUGGACAUGUCUAGAAGAUGGACGAAUGGAUUCCGAUGUGCAUGACCAAAGGAAGAUGCUCGUCGAGCAGUUGUUCUCUAACUAACACUGACCUAGUGUUAAUCCCAGGCAAGCCCCGGAGCAUGUCCUAUCUAUUUUAAAUUUAUGCAACCUAUUAUUGUUUCU